AUGACCCGAUCCUCAUACCCCCAAGACCACGACCUCCCCGACUUCCUGCAAAACUCCCCCUACAUCCCCCUCAGCACAGGCAACGACCAUUUCUCCACAUCACACCACGUGCAGCGCCCCAUCCCAGCCCCAACACUCAGCCAGAUCCUGCGCUCCAAACGCGCCCGACAGGUCACAAUCCUGCUCGUGCUCCUCUGCACAUUCCUCUACUUCCGCUCCCAGGCGCAGAACCACGACCUACUGACGCAUCUCGGGUUCCGCGGGCCGAAAUGUCUCUUGAACCCGCCCGUGGCCGUCCCGGAACUAGGGGCUGCCGAGGCGAACGGGACCGAUUGGACCCAGUUCGCGUAUGUGCAGUACGUGACCACGCCGGAUUAUCUCUGUAAUGCUGUGAUGAUGUUCGAGGCGCUGCAUAGGAUGGGGAGUAAGCCGGAUAGGUUGCUCAUGUAUCCGAGCACGUAUAGUUUGGAUAAGACGAGUAAGAUGGAGGGGUUUCUGCUGUUGAAGGCGAAGUAUGAGUACGGGGUUACGUUGGUGCCGAUUGAUGUUCUGAGUAAGGAUUUAGAAUAUCAACAAUGGGCAUCAUCCUACACCAAACUCCUCGCCUUCAACCAAACAACCCACUCCCGGCUCCUCGUCCUCGACUCCGACGCCACCCUCCUCGCUCCCCUCGACGCUCUCUUCCUCACGCCCCCCUCCCGCGUCUCCACACCGCGCGCCUACUGGCUCCCCACCCCCAUGCUCGCCUCCCACAUCAUGCUAAUCACGCCCUCAGCCCCCGGCUUCUCCCAGAUCCAGACCUCCAUCUCCAAAGCCAAGCUCGGCAUCUACGACAUGGAGAUCGUCAACGCCCUCUACGGAAACGACUGCGUAGUGCUGCCGCACAGGAAAUACGCGCUCCUGUCCGGCGAGUUCCGCGGCUGGGAACAUGGCAGGUAUGGCGGCGAGUGGGAUGUGGGCGAGGUUAUCAAGGAGGCACGGUAUGUGCAUUUCAGCGACGAUCCGCGCCCGAAGCCGUGGGUUGAGGCUACCGAGAGAGAAAUCGAGAGCGUGAGGCCUAUUUGCGAUUUAGGACCCGACGGGCAUCUGGAUUGCAGGGGGAGGGAUUUCUGGGAUUGGCUGUAUGAGGAUUUCAAGACGCGGAGAAUGGAUAUUUGUGACAUGAGCCUUGAUGAAUAA